GUCAGUCUACCGCGAGCUGCCGCUCGGAGAGGUGGAGUCGUUUGUUGUUUUUGCCAUUUUUUUUGUCGCCCAAAGCAGUUAUAACAAUAAGAUAUUAAUUAUCAGCAAAGCCAAUCAUUCUCGCACGUGAGAGUAAAAAAUAAAAAUAAAAAAUCAAACGCGUGUCGAAAGCUCAAAAACGGAGUUUCUCCUUUUCUUUUUGCAGUACCUAUACUCGCCCACGUAGUACGAACAUUUUACGCGUUAUUUUAUGCACGUUACCGCGUCGCAGUUGUGAAUUAUAUCAAAUCAAACAACAAGAUCAAGGACCGUCACGUUUAGUUUCGGAAACUAUACUCGCAAGCUCUCACCUCUGGAUCAUCGCUGUCGAGAAGGGCUGAUGUGAGAGGAGGGAUCCAUCGAGGAAAGAUGCCCGGCCACCGCCAGCCCAGCUCCCUCGAGGCCCUGAGCCUGGGGCGCGUCUGCCAGGUGCUGGACGGCACCUGCCGGCGACUGCAGGCCUGGUCCCUCGAGACCUCGGUCGCCUCGGUGAUCGUCUACGCGAAGCAAAGCGUCCGCCCGUACUUUGCCAACGCCCUCACGGCCCGUCUCCGCUCGCAAGUCAUCGAGGAGACGACGCGCAUGCUCUUCGGGCCCUCCACGGACGGCUCGACCCUCAUUGCCGGCCCUGCCCCACUGUACCUGCUCGCCCUCCUCCUCGGCCACGACAUCAAGCGGCUCAAGGUCAACAUGUGCUGCUACUACGGCUGCAGCCACCAGACGGCCAUACUCCGGCUCCUGGCCAGCGAGGGCUCGGGCCUCGAGUCCCUCGAGCUCGCCCGCUCCGCCCUCCUCGGCCUCGACAUCAAGCUCCUCGGCUCCGCCCUCCUCAGCAUGAAGAACCUCCAAAAGCUCACUCUGCGCAACAUAGCCAACGACGCUGUCCUCCAGAUAGUCGGCAUGAACUGCCCGAGGCUGGUCCUGCUGGACGUCGCGUGCUCCCGCCAGGUCACCGACGCCGGGCUCAAGCAGCUCCUGCUCUACGCCGAGUUCCGCGACAGAGCCCAACUCUCGCAGCCCACCACCACCACCACCACCACCGAGUCUCUUUCUCCCGCCUCGUCGUCGUCUACGUCGCGCUGGUCCAGGUCGUUCAAGAGUCUGUGGUCGAAGCUGAGGUUCCGGGCACCGGGCACAGGUGGCCAGGGUGGCACCGUCAAGCACGCCGACAGACAGCAGGUCCUGCUGUACCACUGCGAGAGCAAGAACCCGCUGUGCAACACCCUGCGCGUCCUCAACGUCGCCAACACGGGGGUGACGAGCGCCGGGGUGUUGUUGGCCCUGAUGCACGUGCCCCGGCUCGAGUCCCUCGCCGAGUACUCGCACAUGGGCAGGGUCGUCGAGAUCAUGAAGCGCGGCGUCAUCGACUUCAAGCGGCCGUUCAGCCUGACGCAGGUGCGCAGCUGUCGCACGACCCCCGGCCGGCUCGAGCUCCUCGCCCACGCGUGCCCCCGCGUCGAGAGGCUCCACAUAUCCGAGCCCCACCACCCGCCCGAGGCCCUGCGGCUCUUCCCGCACGUGGCCUCGCUCAGCGUCCACGGCAUACCCGUGCAAAAGCAAUGGCUCGAGGGCUUCUACGGCUACCUACGGACCCACGGGCCCAACUUGCGCGAGCUCGACCUACGGGUCGCCCAGAGCGACGCGCCCCUCGACAUCGAUCUCCGCGAGAUAUUCGCCAGCUGCCCGAACCUGCGGGCCUUCACCAAGGACGGCUCCAACGUCGUUUGGUCGCCGGGGCCGGACCCACCUGCCCUCAAGUGCCUCAGGCGCGUCCAGGUCGGCAGGAAGGUCACGGCACUGGGCAUCACCAAGAUCCUGUCGCUGGCCCCUGAGCUGAAGGCCCUGCACGUCCACAGCUGCUUCGACCUGACCAACGAGCAGCUCGAGCGGCUCCUCAGCGAGCAGCCUCGAGCCGCCGUCCAUCACCGGUCCUCGAAACGCGGCGCUGGUGGGCCGGAGGGUGGGAACAGCCUCGUGCGGAACCUCGAGUGCUUCUACAUAUACGAGGCGAGCAAGAUAUCCGCCGCGACGGUCCUUAGUAUGUUCAAGAGCUGCGGCGGCCUGAGGAGAAUCGGCAACCUGGCCAACUGGGGCCUCGACUGCGAGGGCGUCAAGACCCUCCGGGGCACCCUAGCCAAGGCUAACCUCGACGUCGACCUGUGCCCCGGCUCCCACUGGUUCUGGAGCGACUGCAUACAGUAGCUAAUCAGCCCGACUCGGAGCAGGUGAAAGUUCACCGCGACGUGUGAAAGUUUACGAGGAAAAAACAAACAAAACAAACAAACAAUAAUCUCGCGCGCUCGGUCCAAGAGAUUAGAAUAGCUGCCAUUAGCCUGUAAUUAAGUAUAAUUAUGUCCUCCGACAAAAAGCAGACUGCAAAUUCAUCAGUAUUAUUCGUACUAUGUGUAUAAAGAUGUAUCGAGAGGCGAGAGAGGGAGCGUGUGAUAACGAUGAGCGCGCGCUCGCGAAACGGGACGGCUCCUCUCGCCGCGGAAAAGAAAGCAGAGGUGGAGAGGAACUCGAUUCGAGAGAAAGGUCUUCUCGUUUCGUGUGCGUGCACAAUACUUAAUAUGGCCGAUUGUCUCGGCGUGCGGGUUGUGCGUUAAAAAAAAAAA